UCACUCUUUGUCGCUCUUGGUGACCACUUACCAUGCAGGUGCGGAGCAGUUUCCAGGCAUCUCAGAACUGACUCGACCGGUUACCCGGCAGGGGCCUUUCCCGCUCCGCCAGCAGCGAGCAGAGUCUGGUGUCCCAGAUCCCACUGGCCCGCGUGGCUCCGGGAGCAGCCCGAGCUCUCCAGGACCCUGAUGCCCAGAAACCCAACUCGUGGGCACAGCAGCUCUGUCCAUGGCCUUCGAGGACCUCUUGGAGCGAGUUGGGGGCACCGGUCUCUUCCAGGCCCUGCACAUCCUCACCCUGCUCCUCCCCUCCUUCUUGCUGCCUUCCCACCUGCUGGGGGAGAACUUCUUAGCCACCACCCCCGCCCACCGCUGCUGGGUACCCCUCCUGGACAACGGCUCUGAGGCCUCGGGGAACCUCACCCGCAAGGCCCUCCUGACCGUCUCCAUCCCGCCCGGGCCCGACCAGGGGCCCCACCAGUGUCUCCGCUUCCGCCAACCGCAGUGGCAGCUCCUGGAGCCCAACGCCACGGCCAACUGGAGCGCGGCGGCCACGGAGCCGUGUCUGGACGGCUGGGUGUACGACCGCAGCACCUUCACCUCCACCAUCGUGGCCGAGUGGGACCUGGUGUGCGGCUCCUGGGGCCUGAAGUUCGUCAGCCAGUCUGUCUACAUGGCCGGGAUCCUGGCAGGGUCCAUCACCUGGGGCCUCCUGUCCCGCCGGUUCGGGCGGAGGCCGAUUCUGAGCUGGAGCUGCCUGCAGAUGGCCGUGGCCAAUAUCAGCACCAUCUAUGCCCUGAAUUUCCUCACCUACUGCUGCCUCCGAUUUCUGAGCGCUUCUGGGCUGGCGGGCGUUUUACUGACCAUGAACACCCUUUUGGUGGAGUGGAUCUCAGCCCGCAGGAGGGACGGCACCGUGAUGCUCCUGGGGUGCACCUUCAGCCUGGGCCAGAUGACCCUGGGCGGCCUGGCCUUCGCCCUGCGGGACUGGCGUGCCCUCCAGCUGGCGGUGACGGUGCCCUUGUUUGCUGUCUUCCUGCUAUCCUGGUGGCUGCCAGAAUCUGCCCGGUGGCUGAUUAUCAUGGAUAAACCAGAACAAGCACUUCGGGAACUCCAAAAGGUGGCCAGAAUAAAUGGCCAAAAGGAAGCCAAAAAUACGCUGACCAUAGAGGUGCUGAGGUCCAGCAUGCAGGAGGAGGUGGCCUCUGCGAGGGCCCAGGGGGCAGUGCUGGACCUGUUCUGCGUACCCCUGCUCCGCAAGAGACUCUGCAGCCUGUUCGCGGUGAUCUUCUCGCUGAUGUUUUCCUACCACGGGCUGGUCCUGGAUCUGCAGAGCCUGGGCGGCAAUACCUUCCUCCUCCAGGUCCUCUUCGGGGCCGUGGACUUCCUGGGCUGGGCCACCCUCGCCUUCUUCCUCAGGUUCUUCAGGGGCCGCGUGGCCCUGGCCACCUUCCAGGCUGCGAGCGGCUUGUCCAUUUUGGCCAAUGUGCUGGUCCCGCCAGACCUGCAGGUGCUGCGUGUGGGCUUCGCUGUGCUGGGGAAGGGCUGUUUGGGCAUCAGCCUGAGCUUCUUCAGCCUCUACAGGCCAACGCUCUUCCCAACUCCGCUGCGGAUGACGUCAGAUGGCCUGAUAAUGUCAAUGAGUCGGCUGGGAGCCGCCUUGGCCCCCCUGGUCAGGAUGACUCAGCAGACCCUGUCCCUGCUGCCUCCCCUCUUCUACGGCAUAGUCCCCAUCGUGGCCAGCUUCCUCCUGAUCUUCCUCCCAGACACCCAGGGGCUUCCACUCCCUGACACCAUCCAGGACCUGGAGAGCCAGGGGUCGGCGGCAGCAGCCAAGGAGAGCCAGCGAGCGGGGGUCCUUACAGAAAGCACCUGGCUCUAGGAAGCCCCUGCUUGCUCGGAGUCUUCGGCCAAAGACCACGAGGCAGAGAGUGGCCCCUCCAGUUGGAGGCUGGCCGUGCCCCAGACAGCUGAGCAGGUGGCCAGGCCAUCUGCAAGGCUGAAGGUUUCCUCCCUGCUCACUCUGCUCUCCCUGCCUGGUCAGACUCUCAGGCCUACCAGCCCCGCUGCCCUCGGGGUCACUUCCUUAACUGGAGGCGUCCUCUGGCUCCCCUGCCAGGCGUGGGUCUUCACACCUUCACUCAGUCACCGCAACUCACUUCCCAAAAAACUGCGGCCAUGGGUUUCUCACCUCUGAGCCUUUUGAGCAGACCAGGCCAGGGCAGGAUCCAGACAGACCCAGAGACCCAGGUUCCAACAGACUGGUCCCAGGGGUCUAACUGUCAUGAAGCUUAUCCAGAAAUGCAAUCAAAUCCCUGGUCGGCUUAAAACCUUCUAGUGAAAAAGUCACACCCACCGGCAGGCCCCUGUAGG